UUGAGAUUUCGAGCGCCACCAACGAUCGACAUGACGUGUAUAGUUAGGUGCCUAUUCUAUCUCGAGCUCCCUGGUAACUCAACUGUAGCCGGUAUCCUAGAUUCAACGUCACCCCAAGGCUCGAUCCUACCAUCACAAUGGGCGCAAUGGAUGUCAUCUUGCACCUGCUGCCACCGCUCACGAUCCUGAGCCACCUACUCGUCUCGCCCUUCACCAAAGUCGAGGAAUCCUUCUCCCUCCAGGCCACUCACGACAUACUUCGCCACGGCCUCCCAACCAGCAACGUUACCUCCUAUCUCACCGCGCACUAUGACCACCUGGCCUUUCCAGGUGCCGUCCCUCGCUCCUUCGUCGGGCCACUUCUCCUCUCGCAAGCCAGCAUACCAUUCAUCCACCUCUUUGGCGGCUCCGUGAACGAGCAAGUAAUAGUCCGUGGCACACUCGGUCUCCUCUCCUCUCUAGCACUGAGUUACUACAUCCGUCGCGUGCGCCUCGCCUAUGGCGCACCCACAGCAUGGUUCUACACAUUACUCCAGCUGUCGCAAUUCCACUUUGCAUACUACGCCUCGCGCACGCUCCCCAACACAUUCGCACUGAUCCCCUCGGUGAUCGCACACGCAUGUUUCCUUCCCGCGCCGGGCUGGCGGCAAUCCACGCAGCGGAACCAUCUCAAGCUCGGGAUCUACCUGCUGACCCUCGCCACGGUGGUAUUCCGCAGCGAGUUGGUGCUGCUCCUGGCAUUCCAGGCGUUGGACCUGCUAGUUUCGCGGCGGCUGACGCUGCCGCAAAUCUUCGCUGCCGGGCUCGCCGGCGGGAUCAUGGGGCUUGUGGCGACGCUCGCGGUGGACUCCUACUUCUGGCUGUCGUUCGGCGCCGCACCGAUCUUUACCACGCCGGUGCUGACGGAGCGCUUCGGCCUGCUGUGGCCCGAGUUCUCGGCCUUUCACUUCAACGCGGUGCUGGGCUCCGCUUCGCAAUGGGGGGAUAGUCACUGGCACUACUACUUCACCUCCGCGCUGCCGAAGCUGCUGCUCAACCCCACCAGCCUCGUGCUGCUACCCCUGGGCGCCUUCGCGCUGCCGCACGCAGCACGCGCACUCCUCCUACCCGCGCUCUCGUUCAUCACCGUCUACUCCGCCGCCGUGAAACACAAAGAGUGGCGCUUCAUCGUGUACACCGUCCCGCAGAUCACGCUGAUGUCCGCCCUCGCGGCGGCGUGGCUGUGGAAUCGCCGCGCGAAGUUUGUGGCCAUCCGACUGCUACUGCUGGCGGUGCUCGCGUCGGUCCCCGUGAGCUUAAUGGCGUCCGCCGGGAUGGCCGCAGUGAGCUCGUUUAAUUACCCCGGUGGCGAGGCGAUGCAGAGGGUUCACGCGCUUGCGGUGUCGGGGAAUACUACGGGCACGGAGAUGAAGGUCCACCUCGACGUGUUGACGUGCAUGACCGGCGCCACACGGUUCUUGCAGGAAGCGCCGCUGUAUCCCCCCUCGACACCUAAGUAUGCGAGUCACAUAGUCUGGGACAAGACGGAAGACGCGACUACGCUGCUCACGCCCGCCUUCUGGGAGGACGUGGAGUAUGCGCUCGUCGCGGCGAAGGAGAAGACGAUUGGCCCGUACGAGGUGGUGGAUGUCAUCCGUGGGUUUGGGGGCGUGCGGGUGUUCAGGCCUGGUGAUGAGGAGGGCGGCGAGGGGUGGGGGCUACGGAGGUAUCUGGGUGGGUGGUGGGUCGGUGUCAACAUGAGGGAGUGGAUAUGGAUCGUGCGUAGGCAGAGUUUGUAAAAAUAGCAGUAAUUCUAUGGCAUUGAUAUCCUCCUCCUCCUCCUCCUACUCCGCCG